CUCUAUAAUAAAUAAAUAAAAUUGAACAGUUUGACAACUCUGCGCCGUGUGCAUGAACAGUGCCCAGUGAGGAAGGUGAAAAAAAAAAAAAACAAAAAAAGCAAAAGAAGACAUUCCAGUUCUUCAAACUGUGAAAAUGGCAAAUCCAGUAAAGAAACUUUUGCUAACCUCAAGCGGCGACGAGGUUUCCAUCAACAUCGCCCGCCAUUUAGCCCAGCGUGGUUGCCGGUUGGUUUUGAUGGGAGAUGAGGAGCGCUUGAGGAUUGCGGCGGACGAGAUCAGACGAUCCUUGAACGGCGUCGUUUCGAUCGAGGUAAUUGGGCUGGAUAUGGAAGAAGAAAGAGAGGCUGUUUUCAGUGAAGCCGUGGAGAGGGCAAGGCGCGUGUUGGGGAGGUUGGACGCUUUGGUCAACUGCUAUUCCUAUGAAGGAAAGAUGCAAGAUCCUCUGUCUUUAUCUGAGAAUGAGUUCAAAAAGAUUGUCAGAACCAACUUUAUGGCUGCAUGGUAUCUCUUAAAAGCUGUGGGCACAACAAUGAGGGACCAAAAAUCCGGGGGUUCUAUUGUCUUAUUGACCUCAAUAUUGGGGGCUGAAAGAGGAUUGUAUCCAGGAUCAGCAGCAUACGGUUCGUGUUUGGCUGGUAUACAGCAGCUAGUAAGGACAUCGGCCAUGGAAAUUGGUAAAUACCAGAUAAGGGUUAAUGCAAUAGCUCGAGGUUUGCAUCUUCAUGACGAGUUCCCCUUGUUUGUGGGGACUGAGCGGGCCCAAAAGUUGGUACACGAAGCCGCACCUUUGCACAGGUGGCUUGAUGUUGAAAAUGAUUUGGCCUCGACUGUUAUAUAUUUGAUAAGCGACGGCUCAAAAUACAUGACAGGGACAACUAUUUUCGUCGAUGGUGGCCAGUCCUUAGUGAGACCUCGAAUGAGAUCAUAUAUGUGAAUCCUAAACUCCAAGGUAAUAAAUUUACUUUGUAUAUUAGCAUGUAAAACUGAUGUACUUUGGAUAAAGAUCCAAUGACAGUUUCAUUUGGUGCUUUUAAAGUUUUACUUACCUGAUACACUGAUGACUGAUGUUUUAAUCUCAUAUUACCAUAGACGAACAUGUUUUGUUAUGAAAAUGAACUUGAUGUUGUCUUAAUAGAGUAAUGCAUGAAUGAAUAAAAGUGCUGUUAAAUUAAACGAGCCUGGCUCGGCU